AUGACGAGAGGUUUAAGACCUAACGAGUUAGUUGAUCUCUUAAACUUUGGUCGAGAUUCCGAUCUUUCUUCGUUAUCUAGUGACGAAGAAAUAGUAGGCAAUUUUCCUGAAAAGGAAUUUGAAUACCUUUUAUCUAAUAAUUUUUCGGAUUAUGAUUUUGAUUUUGAUUUAGAAGAUACUGAAAAUCAAUUUGCUUCAGAAGACGAACAAUUUGAACCGAUUGAACAACAGGUACUCAUAAAUAACGACAUUUUAAAUGAACAGCCUUUAAAUUUAACGGCUUAUAAUAAAAAAGUUAGUAACAUAACAAAUAUACCUCUCGUUGAAUCUCAUAGUGAUGAGAAUUCAAUAAAAUGGGAUAAAUUUAUUCCUAUAGAAAAACGAAAUAUAAUUUGGGGAAAAACACCGUUUUCUCCCCAAGUAAUUAAUUUAACACCGAUAACUGAGCCAAUUUAUCCUACGACAAUUCCUAAUCCCAUUGAUUAUUUUUCUAAAUAUUUUUGUGAAAAUGACUUUGCUAAUAUGGCCCAAUAUACUAAUCUUUAUUCGGAACAAAAAAACUUAAAUAAUUUCAACAAAACUGAUUCCGCUGAAAUUAAAAUAAUGAUUGCUAUACAUAUGUUAUUUGGUGAAUUGAACUAUCCUCGGAGUCGUAUGUAUUGGGAAAACAAAUAUCGAAUAAACAUUAUUGCAGACAAUAUGUCCCGGAAUCGUUUUUUUCAGCUUCGAAAUUGUUUCCAUGUUAUUGAUAAUGAUUCUGUUUCAAAUGAUAACCGUGACAAAUUUGUAAAAAUUCGUCCACUUUAUUCGUUUAUCAAACGGUGUUCCGAGCUUCCAAAAGAAAAAAAAUUAUGUAUCGAUGAACAAAUAAUUCCAUUUAAAGGUAAUUUGUCCAUAAAACAGUACAUAAAAGGAAAACCUACUCCGUGGGGUAUAAAAAUUUUUUUACUAUGUGGACAAAGUGGUAUUGUUUAUAAUUCACUAUUAUACCAAGGCUCAAAUACUAAUAUCAACGAUUUUAUGCAGAAAAACUACGGCCUAGGCGGUGCGGUUGUGCUCAAAUUAGUAGAAAACUUGAAACCUAAUAGUCACAACUUAUUUUUUGAUAAUUUUUUUUCGUCAUAUAAUCUUUUUGGCUGUCUUUUAAAAUAUAAAAUAUUUGCGAUUGGCACAAUUCGAUGCAAUCGAUUUUGUAACCCUCCAUUUCCGAAAGAUAAAGAACUUGCUAAGAUGGGUCGUGGAACCAGCUUUGAAGUGUCUUCAAAUCAUAACAUUACGUUGGUUAAAUGGUUUGACAAUAAAGCUGUCAAUAUUGGUUCCAAUUUUAUUGCGUCAGGAAUUCCUAUUCAAGUAAAAAGAUUUGAUCGGAAGGAAAAAUGUUCGGUGAUUAUAGAAUGUCCUGAAAUUAUUAGCUUAUAUAAUAAAAAUAUGUGA